CAUCCUAUCGCCGUUGGCUUCGCCGUCGUUCCUCCUGCAGGCGAUGUCCAAGAGGCAGGCCAUGCUGAGGUCGAUGUGGUCGCCGUUCACCGCCAUGUUCAGGGACAGGCAUUGCGCCGCGACUGCGAGCGGUCUCAUCGUCGUCAGAGCCGGCGGCGGCGGCCGUGACGACGCUGCCGUGGCGAGAAAGUCCCGGUCGAGCCUGGAGGACCUCCUGAGGAUCGAAGCCUCGUCGAACCCCGACACGACGACGGCCGGCGACAAACCACAGCCGGACAUGGCGCCGCCGAGCAACUCCUCCAAGGAGAGCGAGCCGCAAACGGUGGUCGCCUUCGCCGCCGACGACAACAGCAAUGCCGCCUGCAGCCGUCCUCCGCCGCGUCUCGGCGUCGGCAGCGGCAGCGGCGGCGGCGGCGGCGCGGUGCUCGUCCGGGCUCCGACGGUGAGGGUGAAGGUUAACAGGCUCGCCGUGCUCGUCCCUGCAGCACGCUCGCGAGCCACGAGGGUGACAGACGCGGGUCUGCCGGCGAAACGCGGCUCGUACUGGAGGAUCGCCGCCGCCGGUCGUGGCGGCGCCGGCGAGAGGAGCGAGCAUUUCUACCAGCGGCCGAUCCCGCUGGGGCGGCGGUGCCGUGUGCAACACCUGGAGGAGGGUCCUUCCCAAGCGUGACGUACAUGUUCGGUUGAAACGUUGCCUUGGAUGCUUAAAGAAACUAUUACUAAAAUACUGUAUAGUAUUACAUUAUAUACAGUGGUUUCUUGUUAUUAAUACACAGCAUGUGUGGACUGUAAUAUGUGACACUAAUGGUUGCAAUUAACUAUAUCUCAAAUAAAAAAUAUAAGAAAAAUUACAAG